CAGAAGCGCGUACAGUCCUCACAUUGCGCUCUAUCUGUCCCUCUUUACUAGCCGUAGCGCAACAUAUCUUUCUUUCCCCGGAAGUAGGUGGCCCUUUUCCGCAGACUCCAACAUGGCCCGUGGACCGAAGAAGCACCUGAAGCGCGUCGCAGCGCCCAAGCACUGGAUGCUCGACAAACUUACUGGAGUGUUUGCUCCUCGGCCCUCCACCGGUCCCCACAAGCUGAGGGAGUGCCUGCCCCUCAUCAUCUUCCUGAGGAACCGGCUCAAGUACGCGCUGACCGGAGACGAGGUCAAGAAGAUCUGCAUGCAGAGGUUCAUCAAGGUUGAUGGCAAGGUCCGCACCGACAUCACCUACCCUGCUGGAUUUAUGGAUGUGAUCAGCAUUGAGAAGACUGGAGAGAACUUCCGCUUGAUUUAUGAUGUGAAGGGCCGUUUCACCGUCCACCGCAUCACCAACGAGGAGGCCAAGUACAAGCUGUGCAAGGUGAAGAAAAUCCUCAUUGGCACUAAGGGAAUCCCUCACCUGGUGACCCACGAUGCUCGCACCAUCCGCUACCCUGAUCCCAUGAUCAAGGCCAACGACACGGUCCGCAUUGACCUGGAGACUGGCAAAAUCACAGAAUUCAUCAAGUUUGACACCGGUAACCUGUGCAUGGUGACAGGCGGUGCUAACUUGGGUCGUAUUGGUGUCAUCACUAACCGAGAGAGGCACCCUGGCUCCUUUGAUGUGGUGCACGUCAAGGAUAGCACGGGCAACAGCUUCGCCACCAGGCUCUCCAACAUCUUUGUCAUUGGCAAGGGUAACAAGGCAUGGGUGUCCAUUCCUCGUGGAAAGGGUAUCCGUCUGACCAUUGCCGAGGAGAGAGACAAGAGACUGGCUGCCAAGCAGAGCAGCAGUUAAGUCCACUUAGGACUGGCUCCCCCAAACCCUGGUUUCAAAUAAAAAAAAAUAUUUACAACAAUAA